UAUUGAAUAUUUAGGUAUGAUGCAAUCGUAAUGAGUGAAUUCUUCAUAAAUUAGUGAGUAUUUCAAUGACACAGUUGAAUGUGCCAAAUAGCUCAUACUAAUAUGUUCAUCUCUGUGUUGCAAAGUGGUAAUUAGUCAGGCUUAAACUAUUUGUGCAGUGAUGGUAUCAUGUAAUAUAUGAAAGCCUUGACUUAGGGAUAAUGUUCUUUGUAAAAUGGUUUAAUUUUCUUUCAGAACAUGACUUGCAUUGAGAAAAUUAUUUCAGUAAAAACUUUAAAAUUUACAUGAUAAUUUCUAUAUUGACAUUCAAAAAGGGCACAAUAAAUGAGGGUGGAGAGCAGAAUUUACAUUAGUAUGUAUAGUAGAUGUAGAAAUGGAAGCAGUUCUCAGGAAAAUGGCAGUCGUAUUUUUUAACCUCCAUGGUUCAUUAGUCAUUGGCUGACAGAUGUAACCUUUCUGAUCAGGUGACCGUCUGGGAACCAACACCUCCAUAUUUAUCAAGCGAUCUGUGCUAUGUACUGAUCAGAUCUACAUUUGAACAGUGUAAUUGCUGUUCUUAGACUGUGAGAAGCAGAAAUUAGUUCUGGGUAUUUAAACAAGAAAGGCGUUUGGUCAGAAGGAUAUGGGUUUGCUCAGAGAACUGGAGGGUAAUCAGAUGAAACAGUUCUCAGAAAAGAUAGGAGCCCGACUGUACGAGGCAGCCAGAGGACAGGAAGUGGAGAGGGACAGAUUACCCCUGUGGAGGUCAAUUUGGAUGAACAGUGUGUUUUAGUUCAUGAACAAUGUGUUCAUUUACAAAAGGCAGCCUCAAGUCUGAGUUUCAGUCAUUUGUUCUGGCUGUCUGCCCCAAGAGCUUGAUUCUCUACCGGACCUUCACAGCUCUGAGAUCAGAAUGGGGCGUGGAGACGGCACAAGUGAAAACAACAGGUGUUCAGAAGUGACAAUCAAAAGCCAUCAAGUGAUGAAGACAGUAAAAUCUCAAAUGGGCGUGAUUUGUGACUGAACCUCAGCUCCUGGGCAGAUUCUCAUCAUGAACCGCGCUUUUAGCAGGAAGAAAGAUAAAACAUGGAUGCAUACACCUGAAGCUUUAUCAAAGCAUUACAUUCCCUAUAAUGCAAAGUUUCUUGGCAGUGCAGAAGUGGAGCAGCCGAAAGGGACAGAAGUUGUGCGAGAUGCUGUACGGAAACUAAAGUUUGCAAGACACAUCAAGAAAUCUGAAGGUCAGAAAAUUCCUAAAGUUGAGUUGCAAAUAUCAAUUUAUGGAGUAAAAAUUCUAGAACCCAAAACAAAGGAAGUCCAGCACAAUUGCCAACUUCACAGAAUAUCAUUUUGUGCAGAUGAUAAAACUGACAAGCGGAUAUUCACUUUCAUAUGCAAAGAUUCUGAGUCAAACAAACAUUUGUGUUAUGUGUUUGACAGCGAAAAGUGUGCUGAAGAGAUCACUUUAACCAUUGGCCAAGCAUUUGACCUGGCAUACAGGAAAUUUCUAGAAUCUGGAGGAAAAGAUGUUGAAACAAGAAAACAGAUUGCAGGGCUGCAAAAAAGAAACUUAGUGUUCUCAUGUGACUUUGCUUCACUUCCCGAUGCUUCUCAUGGGGAUCAGAGCAGCAGAAGCAGCAGAUUCUGGAUCCAAGACCUAGAAACAGAAAAUAUGGAACUUAAAAAUAAAGUACAAGAUUUGGAAAACCAGUUAAGAGUAACUCAAGUAUCAACAUCGCCACUGCGGCCCAGAAUGUCUGACCGUGAGCUUCAUGGGUUUCCGGGAUGCCCAUCCUCUUUCUGGCGUAGUACUGAUGAUCCAUCUCCCUGUCUAAAUAUGUCUUCCAUUUCUGUCACUCCUGUCACCUCGCCUGAUUCCAGACUAUCACUGGGACUGUUAAUACCGCCGCCUUCUAAAUACGGUCUUCCCACGCCUCUCAGUGAGAACAGCAUCCCAAGACCUCAUGCCGGCAGCGUGGUGCCCAAGUCACCCUCCACGGACAUCUUCGAUAUGAUUCCGUUCUCUCCAGCUUCACACCAGGCUUCAGUACCCACUCGCAACGGCACCCAGCCACCUCCGGUACCCAGUCGGUCUACAGAAAUCAAACGGGACCUGUUUGGAGCUGAACCUUUUGACCCCUUUAACUGUGGAGCAGGGGAUUUCCCUCCAGAUAUUCAAUCAAAAUUAGAUGAAAUGCAGGAGGGGUUCAAAAUGGGACUAACUCUUGAAGGCACAGUAUUUCACCUAGACCCGCUUGACAGUAGGUGCUGAUGUCAAGAAGGAGACGCUGCCCUGUGUUCCAUUUGUUUAUAUCCAUUUAUAUCAUGCAUUGUUACUUUGAGACAGGUAUAUAAAUGUGCCAAUAUGUUUUUGGACAUCUUCAUGUUUUGAAAACUAUUGCAGUAAAAGUUCUUCACACUCAGUGUUGAUCUGUAACUUUUAUUUUGAAAGCAACUUAGCAUAGUGUAUAUCUUACCUUUCAGUUCCUUUGGGUUUCUGUUGUCAAUGGAUUUGUAAUUGAAACACAAAUCCCUACACUAUGCUUUGUCUCUGGUCUAAAUAAUUCACAUCUUGAAGUUUGAGUUCAUUCUCCAGGCUGCUGAUUUAUUUCUGAUGUUGUAAAAGCCAUACCUGAAAUGAUAACUUAAAACUCUGAAGAGAUAUACCAAUGCCAGACUACACCUGUUCAAUUUUCAAAUCAAUAAAAAUGCUACCGUUCACUAGAUAGAUGUCAUUUUACGUACAAAAUGCUGUUCACCUCCUUGGGAAAAUGUUAACUUUGAAUUUUGUGCCACCUUUCCACUAAUUUUUGGCUGAUAAACACAUACAUUCCAAUAAUAAUUAAAUCAAAUAUAUUCAUAAUAUAAGCAAAUACAAGGUAAUAAUAUCAUAUUAUUAAAAGUCUCUAACAUGCUUGUUUUAUAAAUAAUGACUGUGAAAAACAACAAAAACAUUUACUAUUAGCUAAAUUUUUAAAAAUCUCAUUUCCAAUGUAUUAUAACAUUACUGUAAAAUCUAAAUCUCAUCUGCCCUUUAAAUGUAUUUGAAAUGUAUGCUGUGUAUAAAUACAAUGCCUAUUAUGCAUACUUACUUUACCAAAUAUAUUUCUACUCAGUAACUAUUGUCAUAUAUUCUUCUUUAAGAAUGGUAUUUUUCCUCACUGAAGUUUAUUUUGUGAUGCCCCAUUGAUUCGAUACUUUAAAAUGUAUGACGGUAAAGUAUCAAAACAUUUUAAAGUUGAAUCUCAUUUUUCAAGUUUCUUCUCAGCCUGUUCGUAUAUGUGAGAAGUGAAAUUCUCUGUCCACUCAAUCUUGAUGUGCUGCUGGACAUUGCACAUAUUAAAAAUAUAUUGUCUAUAUCUUUGCCUGUUACAUAACAGACUAACAGUAACUGCGCAACAAAAUGGUCAAGAUUUCUAAUGUGACUUAUUGGUUUCAAGAAAAUCAAUUUAUGAGAACAUGGGCUUAGUUUGGAUGUAACCAUCAAAAAUAAAUGAGUAAGUAGCUUGUUUUACACAUGAGACUUACCUUCAAGCACUAAAGGUACAUUUUCACUAGUAAAGAAGUCAAAUAUGCUUAUGCAAUAGUACAUUUGUAUGUAUCUCCAUAAAGUUCCAUGGUAUAUGCAGACCUUCUUGUUUGUGUUGUUAUAAGUUGUACCUUAAUUAGAGGGUAGUGUAUGUUUCAUAAGGAAGAGUCUUUAUAAUUUUGUUUGUCAUAUAGUAUUUUGGAAUUUAUAUAAUGGGAAUGUUUUGAAGUCAUAUAUAUGGCUUAUUUUUAACAAAUAGAAUUUGUAUUUUUAUUGUACUUUAAAAAGCUUUAUGUAAUAGGUAUAUAUUUAGUGGCCAUUUAUUAUCAAUGGUAACACGAUAGAGUACUAAGAAGAUAUUUGCAUAUUUAUGAUACAUUACCAAUUUUUAAUGGUGAUCAAUUCUGCUACUGGCAUGAUUAAAUAGUAUGUAAUCGGUCAUCAAUUAUGAACACGUAUUUCACCAGUGCAUUUUUAUGAUGAUCUGGUUGAAAACUGUAUUUCUAUGUAAACUCAAUGAUAUGUUUGAUUUUGCUGAGAAUAAAUGAUUUUAAAUAAAUUAAAUUGUAUAACUUA